AUGUCGCAAGGCAACGCUCAGGGCUCCAUCCAGGAGAGAGCCCAGUACCACCUCUCUCAGCUCGACAAGGAGCUCUCCAAGUACCCCCAACUCAACCAGCUCGAGCAGCAAACCUCCGUCCCCAAGGUCUACGUCGUCCUCGGCAUCGGCGCCCUCUACUUCUUCCUCGUCUUCUUCAACAUUGCCGGCGAGUUCCUCGUCAACACUGCCGGUUUCGCCAUCCCGGCCUACUACUCGCUCGAGGCUCUCUUCAGCAGCGGCAAGGCCGAUGACACUCAAUGGCUCACAUACUGGGUGGUCUACGCCUUCCUGACGGUGAUUGAGUCUGCCAUCAACGCCGUCUACUGGUUCCCAUUCUACUACGUCUUCAAGUUCGUCCUUGUUCUCUGGAUGGCUCUCCCACAAACUGGUGGCGCCCAGAUCGUCUUCCGUUCCUUCCUCCAGCCAGUCUUUGCCCGCUUCUUCGAGAGCGACGCCUCCGCUGGCUUGCGCGGCAAGGUCGAUGCCAGCAAGGCUCAGUAA